UCGGACAAGGGACGGAUCCGAUGGGAGACCCUGCGGCCGGUCCCGGACACCAGGAAUCUGACACCUCGAUUUAUUUGUCCUCCCACUGGGACAGACCACGCCGUAGCACCAAGUGUGAGCUACCCUAUUUGUUCUCGUGUUUCAACGGAGGAGAGUGUGUGAACCAGAGAUUCUGCGACUGCAGCCGGUUCAAUGCGACGGGGCCUAGGUGCCAGGCGGUGUAUAACUCAGGCCUGGAGAGAGAUAGCAUCUGCCGGACAUGGGGGCAGUACCAUUUUGAAACGUUUGAUGGACUCUAUUACUACUUCCCCGGAAAAUCCACCUAUGCGCUGGUGAGGCAGCAUGAGAUGGAGGAACAGAGUUUCUCGAUUCAGGUUCACAAUGACCGAGACUGCAGGUCCUUCCCCUACUCCUGCACACGUUCCAUCAGCCUCUUUUUUGCUGGAGAGGAAGAGGUCCGGUUAAGUGGCAACGUUACUUCCAAAGGCGUUGGCAUCCCGCUGCCGCACAUGUUGGGAAAGCUGCAGAUCCAGCGAGUCGCCGAAUACGUGAUAGUGAGACACCAGUUUGCUUUCACGCUGGCCUGGGAUGGCACCUCAGCUGUCUACAUUAAGAUGAGCCCCGAAUACAUCGGCAAAACCCAUGGAUUGUGUGGAAACAACAACGCCAUUCCCCAGGAUGACCUGCUGACCAGCUUUGGAAAAUUGACCGAAGAUGUGGCGGAAUUUGUGAACAGCUGGCAGGAAGAUCUUCCCAAAGAAGCUCCCUCUCAGAAUGUCUCCUUCCCCUUCCAGUCACCAUGUCUGGGGCAGAGCCAAGAGUCAAUGCAGGCAAUAUAUGAGCUGUGUGAGACUCUGCUGAGGUCUCCAUUUGAGAUGUGUCACAACUAUGUGAGUCCUCAUCCCUUUAUGGCUGCCUGCACCAGUGACCUUUGCCUGUCGGCGGCUGACAGCUCGGCGUGGUGCCGAGCGCUGACCGAGUAUGCCCGGGCCUGUGCCCACGCAGCCCGGCCACUGCACAGCUGGAGGGCACAGUUCCCCCUGUGCGCCAUCACCUGCGGGAACAGAGACUUCACCUACAACGAGUGUGUCACCUGCUGCCCGGUCACCUGCAGGCAGCAGGCUUCGUGUGUGGAGAGCGAGAUCGCCUGCGUGGACGGCUGCUACUGUGCCGAUGGUCUCAUCUACGAGAACGAGGGUUGCGUCCAGCCCACCGAGUGCCCCUGCGACUUCCAUGGGAGUUUCUAUCCGACGGGCUCGGUGGUGCACGACGACUGCAACAACUGUACGUGUGUCAGCGGGGCAUGGGUCUGCACUGACGCUGUCUGUCCAGCGGAGUGCUCUGUGACGGGAGACAGUCACUUCAUGACCUUCGAUGGACGCAGAUACACCUUUCCAGCUACGUGCCACUACAUCCUGGCCAAGAGCCACUCCUCGGGGGAGUUCACCAUCACCCUGCAGAAUGCACCAUGUGGGCUGAACCAGGAUGGAGCCUGUAUCCAGUCAGUCAAUCUCAUCUUGAACCAGGACCCCCGGAGGCAGGUGACGCUGACUCACUCGGGAGAUGUCCUCUUGUCUGACCAGUACAAGAUCAGCUUGCCCUACACCGAUGAGUCCUUUGAGAUCCGGAAGCUGUCCUCCAUCUUCCUGCAAGUGCGGACCAGGAUCGGGGUGCAGGUGAUGUACGACUGCGAGGGCCUGCGGCUCUACCUGCGGGUGGACGCCCGCUGGAAAGAAGACACCGUCGGGCUGUGCGGAACCUUCAACGGGAACAUGCAGGAUGACUUUCUGUCUCCGGUGGGAGUGCCAGAGAGCACCCCGCAGCUGUUUGGAAACUCCUGGAAAACAUUAUCUGCAUGCACCUCUGAGGGUCCAAGCCCUCCCAUGGACCCCUGUGAUGUGCACCUGCAGGCGGCUCCGUAUGCAGCAGAGUCAUGCAGCAUCCUCACCGGAGAGCUCUUUGCCCCGUGCUCCUCCUACCUCAGCCCCGUCUCCUACUACGAGCAGUGCCGCCGGGACACCUGCAAGUGCGGGCAGGUCUGCCUCUGCUCCGCCCUGGCCCACUAUGCCCACCAGUGCCGUCGCUACGGGGUCUCCGUCGACUUCCGGCCUCAUUUUCCAGACUGCACCGUGCCGUGCGAGGACACUCAGGAGUACAGUUCCUGCUCCUCCAGCUGCGGGCAGACCUGCCAGGCCCUCUCGGUGCCCGAGACGUGCAGCGGAGAGUGUGUGGAGGGCUGCGCCUGCCCCGCCGGCACCUACCUGCGCAGCGAGGCCGGGAGAUGCGUUCCCAGAAGCGAGUGCCCCUGCUAUUUCCAAGGAAUCCAAUAUCCACCUGGAGAAAAUAUCGUUACAUCCUUGGGCAACUGCCACUGCAGAGAUGGGAUGAUGAGCUGUGAUAGCAAAGCUGCCGCCUCCACCUGCCCCCCCGGCCAGGUGUUUGUGAACUGCAGCCAGCCACGAGCCACCGCAGGGCUGAGCAGAGAGAGGACCUGUGAGGACCAACUGUUGAACCUGACCGUCCCGGCGCACUUGCCCUGCCUCUCGGGCUGUGCUUGUCCACAAGGCUUGGUCAGACACGGGGACGAGUGCUUUGUUCCAGAAGAAUGCCCCUGCUCGUGGAAAGGGAAGGAAUACUUUCCAGGGGACAAAGUCCACUCCUCCUGCCAUACCUGCACCUGCCAACAUGGGUCAUUUCAGUGCACCUUCCACCCAUGCGCAUCCAUCUGCACGACAUACGGGGACAGGCACUUCCGUACCUUUGACGGACUCCCAUUUGACUUUGUUGGAACGUGUAAAGUGCACCUGGUGAAGGGGAUGUCAGACAUCAGUUUCUCAGUCAUUAUAGAGAAUGUGAACUGCUUCAAUACUGGAAUCAUUUGUAGGAAAUUUCUUUCCAUCAAUGUCGGGAAGUCUUUCGUCAUCUUUGAUGACGACACGGGUAACCCGGGCCCGGGCAGCUUCUUAGCUGAGGAGCAGCAGGUCCGUGUCUGGAAAGCCGGGUUCUUCACGCUGGUGCAUUUCCCCCAUGAACACGUCACCCUCCUGUGGGACCAGGGGACGACCGUCCACAUCCAGGCCGGGCCUCGGUGGCAGGGAGAGCUGUCAGGGUUGUGUGGAAAUUUUGAUUUGAAGACAGUCAACGAGAUGAGGACCCCAGAGAACUUUGACUUGACAAAUGCCCAGGAGUUUGGGAGCAGCUGGGCUGCAGGUGAGUGCGUGGACGGCUCUGAUACCCGGGACCCCUGCGGCCUGAACCCGCUCCGGGAGCCGUUUGCCAAGAAGGAGUGCGGCCUUCUGCUCGGCGAGGUGUUUGAGAUUUGCCACUCCGUGGUCGAUGUCACCUGGUUUUAUUCAAAUUGCUUGACAGACACAUGUGGUUGUAACCGAGGGGGCGACUGCGAAUGUUUCUGUACAAGCGUUUCGGCCUACGCGCACCAGUGCUGUCAGCACGGCGUCUCCGUGGAUUGGCGCUCCCCUAGGGUCUGCCCUUACGACUGCGAAUACUUUAACAGAGGCCUGGGGAAGGGUCCCUAUCAGCUGAUCAGCUACUCGGAAGGAGGCGUCCGGAUGGCAGCCAGGAGAUCGGGUGGUCCCGUGUUCCCGGCCCAGAGAGAACACCUUGUUCCAGGGGACACUGUGAGCUUCAGACUGACCGCCGGGAUGUACAAGUCCAGAACACAUGACCAGAGCCUGGUGUCAAUCGAAACAGCGGACCGACCCAAUUACUUUCUCCGGCUGGCCUCCAAUGACUCCCUGGCCCUCUCCAGGUGGGAGGCCACUGAAGCAUUCCAGAACCGGUCCACGUUCGCCGUCCACAGGAACACUUGGGUCAUGGGCUACAGCUCCUUCGAGUCCUUUGCCAAGCCAGGCUACUUCAUCCACAUCUCAGGCACCACGGUCUCCUUGAAGAAAUAUCAUCACUCAGAGGAGUUCCGCCUGUCCACUCUUUUUAAGCUUGUGGAUGCCGAGUUUCCGGCUCCGGCCCCGUCUGCCUGCGAGUGGCGCUACGACUCCUGCACGAGCCCUUGUUUCAGAACCUGCAGGGACCCCGAAGGAGACGACUGCCGGGAGGUUCCUAAAGUGGAAGGCUGUGUCCCUACAUGUCUUGAUCACAUGGUCCUGGAUGAAAUCACUCAGAGAUGCGUGUAUUUGGAAGACUGCAUUGAGGCCGCAGGUGCCCUCCCCUCCCCGGCCCCCACGGGCGGCGAGAGCUCUCGGCCGCCCAGCGGAGAUAUGACUUCCCCUCGGGAAGACGAAGCCGUGGACGCGGGGAUGGCUUGGCCACAAGCGAGCACCACCCAGGAGACCAGCCUCGGUCCCGGAGUGUCCAGGACCAAUGCCAGCCUCACACUAGCCCUCACCGCUACCAGCGCUGGGCCCCGGGCCCAUUCGCAGCCCGGCCCCUCCACGGUGCCCUUUCGGGAGACGCAUUUGCCUGUCAUCACGGGAGUUGCGGCUCGGACCUUGGCUACGGAGGAAACGGGAUUAGCCAAGACCUCUGGGAGCACUGCCCCUGCUCUCCCAGAGAAGACGACAGAGCAGGGAGUCUCUGAGCCAGUGUUUUGGCCCUCUGUCUCUCAGGCCCCCGCUACGGUGGAGCCGGGGGCAGACCGCUCCCCUUCCCCGGGCGCCAUUGCCCCCAGCCCCCCGUCCCCUACAGCCCUCCGAGUGACUCCAUCCGCAGCGGGGCCCAGCCCGGAGCCAACUACCGUGAAAAUGGCCCAAGUGACGCUGAUUUUAACCGGAAAAGCAACUCACUUCCCCGGCUCCUUCCCAACUCUCCCUUUCCCAGGAGUGACCUCGACUUCAGCCCAGCCCUCUCCUCCCACCAGUCCGGCCGGGCCCAGGCCCACAAAGCCAACGGCCACGUCCUCAUCUGGUGCAGAGCAUCCCGGGGCUGCGUCUGUGGCAACUGACGCCGUUUCUCCCGUAGAAGGGCCUCCGGGGACGGCUGCUGGGUCCUCAGCCCCAGCUGCCCCGACGUCGGCCCGGGACACCGGGCCCUCUUCUUUAGCUGCCACGUCCCGGUCCGUGUCACCGCCUGUGUCUGCCUCGGCUGCCGCAACCCGGCCCCCGUCCGUUGUGCCACCGUCUUCAGCCGCCGUUCCCCCGACCCGAUCUCUCGCUGCGUCUCCCUCGACUCCCGUGACCCCACCCCCGUCCCCGGCUGACUCUCUGCCCCCGGCUCCAGCUCUGACUCCCUCGGCUCCCACGACCCUGCCCACGAUUCCAGCCGGGUCUCUGCCCCUAUCUCCUGCUGUUUCCCCCUCAGCUCCCAAGACCACGUCCACAUCUCCGGCUGUCUCUCUGCCCCCACCUCCACUUCCGUCUCCCUCAGCUCUCACGGUCCCUUCCCCGUCGGCAGCCACCCCGUCCCCCCCUCCAUCUGCUGUGUCUCCUUCAGCUGCCGUGUCCUCAUCCCCGCCUCCUGCUCCGUCUCCCUCGGCUCCCACCUCCCCUUCCCAACCUUUAGGUACCCCAUCCUCUCCCCCAUAUGGUCCGUCUCCUUCGGCUGCCGCGUCCUCAUUCGCAUCUCCCGCCGUGCCUCCCUCGGCUGCUCCGUCUCGGCCCCCGUUCGCUGCCACCCCAACUCCGGCGGUCCUUUCGGCGCACGUCGUGUCCGCCGCCCCAGCUCAGCCACGGGCCCCUACCUUGACAGCUUCGACGACCGGGCGGGCCGACCAAACCCCAGAGGCCGUGGCCGCCCCAACCCGCUUGACCAAGCUGACUGCCAGCACGAGCUCCCGCACACCCUCCUCAGAGGCCCCAACAGGCACCCGGGCGCGGGACGCCGACACUCCGCUCCCCUUACACCACACGGAGGCAGAGGAGAUUAUGUCGCUGCCACCCCCGGAGCCCCACGAGGAGGGAAGGGUCCCCCACCCAGCAACACUCUUCCCCUCUAAGGCCUCUUCCCCAAGCCCUGUCACCCCUUUGACAAAACUGAUGACGCCCCUUCUCUCUCAGCCCCCCCAGAGCACCACUGCAACAAGCCCCUCGGUGAAGCUCGUCCCAGCUCUCUCCACAGCCCCGGAGGCCAAGGCCUCGGUUUCUGAAUUCCCCAAAUCACCUCUCCUCCUCCCUGAGCAGCUGCCCCUCACCAGAGCCCCUGUGACAGAGACGAUAACCUCAACGGCCUCUCGGCCCCCCGGGGUGACCAGCUCGGGUCCGGCUACUCCCUGGCCUCCUGCCCAGAUGCCUUUAACCCACACCGGCCCCUUUACCGGUCAGAGUUCUCCCACCCAGUCUGAAAAAGUGUUGGCUUUCUCCUAUCCGUUCCUGACCUCGCCGCGGCCAGUCGAGGCUGUCGGCCUCCCGGGUCCUCCCGCCCCGACGGUCCCGGCCCCCGUCCACCUCAUCGGUCAGGAAGCGCCUCUGUCUUCCGGCUCGACCUCCGCCCUGCGCUCGGACGCCCCGCCGUUAGUCCGGGCGCCCACCCCGGCGAGGUCCGCCGAAGCCGAGCCAACCCGGGCAUCCACGGCCGUGCCCGUCCCGAGUAAGAGCGUCACGGAGAGGAUGGCCGUGCCGUCCAAGCAGGCGCCUCCCUCGACCUCCCCGUCCGGCUCACCCCGGGAUGUGGGCUUGGGGCCACCCGCCAGACCGCUCCCUGUGGAGCCCGCCUCAGCCGAGGCAGGGCACCCGGAGGUUAUCUUGGACUUCAUCACGACGCCCCCACCUUCCUCGCAGCCCCUGCCUCUCGCUCCUCAGACCAUGAGGGUCUCUGUUCCUGGCAGGACCACCCCUCAGAGCCCAGAAUCGUACCCUGUGCCCUCUGAGUUCUGGGAGACUCCCGAGAUGUCAUCGACCCCCUCAGCUGCCUACCUGACCCCGGGGCCAGUCCACCCCGGCAUCCCUGGCGCCGCUGCAGGUCCCCCAGCUCCCCAUUUCCCAGCAGGACUGACUGGCGGGUCCACCCCCAAGCCAGCCGGAGGAGCGGAAGCAGCCCCGACGUGUGUGCCCGUCAUCGAGGCGGAGUGCGUCAGGCACCUCUGCCUGGAGGGCCAGCUCAUCCAGGUGAACCGAUCCCAGCACUGCCCCUUCAGCGCCGGGCCGCCCAGCUGCGGGCUCAGAGGGCCCGCCGUCCGUGCCCGCGGAGACAAGUGCUGCCCGCAGUGGGAAUGUGCAUGCCGCUGCUCCUUCUUUCCCGACCUGAACGUGGUGACAUUCGACGGGAACCAUGUGGCUGUAUUUAAAGAGGCCGCCUAUGUGGUCAUCCAGAGCCGAGACGAAGUGGUCACCGUCCACGUCAUGCACUGCGAGAGCGAAGCCCUGGGCCAUUUGAGUUCACGCCCACUGUGCCUGGCAAGGAUGAGUGUAACCCACCGGGACAACGAGGUCAUUGUGGACCGGCUCAACAGAAAAGUGACUGUGAACUCCAAGUUUGCCCUUUCCCCAGUCCAGAAAUAUGGGUUCAAGAUCAAGGACACUGGAAACAUGUAUGUGAUCAGGACACCCUUAAACAGUCGCAUUCAGUGGUUUCACAGCUCUGGGCUGAUGGUUCUAGAAUGGAACGGAACCAGAGAAUCCUCCACCAGAGGACUCUGUGGCUUCUGUGAUGGAGAAGUGGGGAAUGACCUCAUGCUGCCCAAUGGCACUGUCCUCGAAUAUGCAGAUGACCCAGCCACUUUUCUGGACAGCUGGCUGGUGCCCACCUCAUUGAAGUCUGAGGGCAAGGCCCGCUACCGCAAAGCCAACUGCUCCACCACAGAUUGCUCAGCCUGUGUCCAGAUGGUGUCCAACUGGACCUUCCGCCACUGCCAUGCUCACGUGUCCCCGAGAGAGUUCUGUGAGCUGUGGGUCCGGGACACAGAGCUCGUCCAGCACCCCUGUAUGGCGCUGACUGCCUACGUGGCCAUGUGCAACAAGUUUGAUGUCUGCGUGGAGUGGCGGAGCCCACAUUACUGCCCUUUUCCCUGCCCCGGAGACUCUGCCUACCAGCCCUGCCUGGCAGCGUGUGCCACGGCCCGGACGUGCCGGGAGAGCGACCAGGAGGUCCAGGAGACUGACCUGUGCCAGGGGCUUAGUGAGGGCUGUGUCUGUCCGGAGGGGACGUUGUUGCACAGACCCUACGCCCCUCUCUGCGUCCCCGAGGAAAAAUGUGCUUGCACGGACAGCUCAGGAGCCCCCCGGGCCCUGGGGGAAACCUGGAACGCCUCUCUCAGCGGCUGCUGCGUGCACCGGUGCGUCGACAACGAGACCGUCAUCCCCGUGGAGCCCCCCUGCCCCGAGCCCCCCCGGGGGUGCCGCCGCUUUGGGGAAGUGGCUUUGAUGCUGCCUAACGACCACUCCUGUUGCCCAAGGACCAUCUGUGUGUGCAAUCAAACACUGUGUGACAGUCUCAUCCCCGAAUGCAAGAGCUCGGAGAAACUAAUCCCGUCCUUCCGGGAAGAUUCUUGCUGCCCCAACUACGAGUGCGCUUGCGACCCGGAGAAGUGUGAGCCGGUGGGCCAGGCUCCCCGCUGCCGUCCGGACCAGACCCUGAUCGCCGGCUGGCUGGAGCACACCUGCUGCAUCUCCUACAUUUGCGCCUGUGGCGUUUGCUCAGAUCAGAUCCCCAGGUGUCAGGAAGGAGAGGUGCUCGUGGUGGAUGGGAACGUCACUGAGGAGCGCUGCUGCCCACCUUACCACUGCGUGUGUGAGAGUUUCCGGUGCCCCCGGAUCAGCUGUGGUGUGGGGACGGCUCUGGUGGAGGUGUGGAGCCCCGCGAGAUGCUGCCCCUAUCAGACGUGCGAGUGCAGAUGCGACACGAUCCCGGUGCCUCAGUGCCCCCUGGGGGAGAAGCUCCAGGUGGACAAGAAGUUCCGGGACGGCGUGGAGAAUGUCUGCGGCUGCACCACCUAUAAGUGCGUGAGGGAGCGGGUGUGCGUCAGCCCCGGGCGCGGGCUCCUGCGGCCCGGACAGACGGUCGUGGAGCGCGGCGCCGACGGCACCUGCCGCACCUCCCGCUGCACCCACGUCCCGGACCCGGAGACCGACUUCUAUCGGAUCGACACCACGUCCGUCGACUGCCACCUCAAGUGCACAGCCAACCAAGAGUACGAACCCCCGAGAGACGUGUCCACCUGCUGUGGGACCUGCAGGAAUGUGUCCUGCCUUCACACGUUCCCCAACGGCACGGUGUCCAAGUCGAAGCCUGGAACCUCGUGGAUUUCUAACUGUGUCAGAUAUGACUGCACCAGUACCGAGGUGGGGGCCGUCCUGGUCGACUCACCCGUCAGCUGCCCGCCCUUCAAUGAAACGGACUGCUUGAAGACUGGAGGGUAUGUGGUGCCUUUCCUGGAAGGCUGCUGCCGGACAUGCAAGGAAGAUGGAAAGUCCUGCAGAAAAGUGACUGUCCGGAUGACGAUCAGGAAGAAUGACUGCAGAAGUAACACGCCCGUGAACAUCGUGUCCUGUGAUGGGAAGUGUCCCUCCGCGAGCAUCUACAACUACAACAUCAACACUUACGCCCGCUUCUGCAAGUGCUGCCGGGAACUGGGCCUGCAGAGGCGCUCCGUGCAGCUCUACUGCACCAGCAACGCCACCUGGGUCACCUACACCAUCCAGGAGCCCACCGACUGCUCCUGCCAGUGGUCCUGAGGCUGCGGCGGGGACGACCCCUGCCAGGAGGCUCGGCCGCCAGCCCCUCCCCUCAGCCCCGGGGUUGCGACCCCACGGGCGGCCCCGACCAGCCCUCUCUCAACCGACCCUAAGAACGAGGCACAAUCCGGUGAGCUCCAUCUCAUCCCCUCCUCCUGGCCCCAGUCGAAGUGACCGAAGUGACCUCGGACGGCUCUGCUGCCGUCAGCACUCGGAAGAGACUCCCGAGGUGGAAGUUUGUGUCAGUGGUGUUCUGGAUUGGGGUGAUGGGUGUCAACUCUUCCCGGGAAACCUUGUAGCCUCACAUGGAAUCCAGUAACAGUUUUAAGGGAGGGGUCCCCUGCUCUGUCAGGGAGAGUUUGAGUAGAGUGCAGUCCAGAGGCACGGGGAUGGACUGGACCAUCUCUUAAAGGCCUAAUGAGCCUGGCCGAUGCUGUAAAAAUGCCACUCCCGAAGAAUUCCCCACUCCUAUACAAUCCCCCACUCCUGAAGAAUUCCCCACUCCUAAGGCUGCCGGAAGCAUGGGCUGGACUGCAGGUGAUGAGGUUGGGAAGAGAAAGGAUGAGUCAAGGAUGAGCUUUGAGUGGCUAAUCCGAGAAUUUGGAUUUGGCUUUCUCAAUGAGGCGGACCUGAGGGCAGAAGAGGAGGAAACAGGCUCUGACUGUAACUAGAGGGGCAGAGAUAUGGGGAAUUCCUUCCCUUUCUGGAUGGGGACCUCACCAAAGGCAGCUCCUUUAAACUCUAAGCUCGCUGUGGGCAGGGAACGUGUCUACCAACUCUGUUAUAUUGCACUCUCCCAAGUGCUCAGUACAGUGCUCUGCACACAGUAAGCCACUUAAUAAAUAUGAUUGAUUGAUUGAGUGGAAGGCUGAGGGACAUUAUGAAUUUUUCUCCUCCUCCGGAGAGGUUUGUCAAGAGCAACCCAUCUUUGCAGUUCCAACUGGAAGCAGGGCAGUGGACUACCUGACUUUGAACCCUUAGAACCCUAGACUUCUAUGACUCUAAAUUCCAAGUAGUGAAUCCCAGGAAACUAUUUACUCUGUAGAUUUGUACAUACUCUUCCCUGGUGUCAAAGGUGAUUUUGCUCAUGUAUUCCUGAGAGCAGCCAAUAAAUAUCUUGAGCACAGUCUUGAGGGAUAGAAAUGAUUUAUUCUUCGCAAAUAUGUCAAACUAAAAAUAUUCAGCUCGUGAAAAAAGGUUAUUUUCUAUUUUCAGAGAUGAUGUAAUUCCAAGUAAACCCGCCCCCUCUCCAAAUGUUAUGGUAAAUUUUUUUCUCAUUUC